GAUGACGUUUAUUCCCUCCGAGUCUUCCAAAGACCACACUCGUCGUGCGCGCGCCAGUCCUUCCGCCGACGUUGAUUUUGUAAAUGCAAAUAACGAAGAUGCGGGUCCGGGUGCGGCUGAGCCGCACUCAACAUCUUUUCCAGAACCUGCAAGCAGUUCCACGACAAGUACUUCUGCACGGCGCCGCCGCGGCCGCGGUGAGGGGGAAGCGAGUCCUCCGGCGAUGAACGCUGGGCCGGUAAGAAUCGGAAGCGGCGCAGCUAUGGGUCAAGAUGCAGCAAAAAAUGCAGGCUCGUUCACCGCCCCUCCUACGGUCCUGUCGCAGUUUUCGGCGUUUGUCCUGUCUUGUUUCCCAGAUGAGUCGACUUUGUUUGCGGUCGGGAAAAGGAUGAAGCUUUUGAAGGCGAAUCUUUCCGUCGAGGAAAUGGUGGAAGAACUUCUGCCCGAGUUUCGCCGGCAGUUUCUAUCGCGCGGUAUCAAUUAGAGACGUUCGCUGCUAGUACAGUGAGAAACAUUUGGCGUUUAAUCUGCUUUGAGUCCUAAGUUAGUAAAGUAGGCCUUUUUCAUUCUAGAAAUUCAACUUGCAUCAUGAUAAGUACGAAACUGCAUGUAGAUGCAACGUUGCUGAAAUCUGCUGUCGCAAAAACCAACCUACUUCCACUUCCACAGGCCGCACUGCAGCCGAGUUCGAGGCCGAGCUCCUUCCGAAGCUCGGUGCGGCGACCUCCUUCGAAGAAGCUACCGACUUUCUCGGCACGCUGCCGAAGGACGACGAGGGGCUGGUAGAUGUUGUGUCCCUGUUUCAACUGAAUGAACCACAGACGCCUCGCACAGACGAGAGGAUACGACAAACUUUUCUAGAAGAGCAAUGAUAGAAAUGAUGAACAUUGCUCUUGAUAACAUGGAGAUGAACGCCUGACAGGUCCUGAAUGAAAUAUAAGACGGUCUUGUUCUCUCUCUCUGAAUCGUGUAUGAUGUCUGGUUACAAGUCCCUAGUAGCGUCAAAAAUGUUAACCUUAACGAGGAAAUGUUUGUAGAACAAAAAAAGCUGCGAAAGUGGUGAAGCAAAGUAUCAUUCGACGAAU